AUGGUUGCGGUUCUGAGUUCUGCGCGCAGUUCUGGAAGCGAUCUUGAGCCGCUACUGUUAACAUCCACACACAAAGAUCCACACGUCAGUCACGCCCAUGUGUGCUCGCGCUACUCACGACUGAUGGAGCACAUGGAUGCGUUGGAGUCCUACAGCUCUGAGGACAACCUCUCUCUUUCUGGAAGUGACUUUGAGUUCCAGCCGAAACCCACCAAAAGAAAACUGAUCUCCUCACAGGGAACCACAUCUCCUAAGAGGGUUUAUCAGCCGGUCAGAAGUUCCAAUGAGCCGCAGACAGCAGGAAACACACGGGGUCUCAGGCGGCGUGACGUUCAGACAGAUGGCCAUGCCACCGCGGGUGGUCUUUAUGAGGCUGUGAGGUCUGGCCGCAGUGCGCUUCCGACGGUGAUAGAUGAUUGGCUGGAUGAGUACAGCAGAGACAAAGAGGCGGGACUUCUGGAGCUCAUCAACUUUGUAAUACAGUGCAGCGGCUGUAAAGGAGUAGUCACGAAAGAGAUGUUAAACACCAUGCAGAAUGCUGAUAUAAUUGGUCAUCUCACUAAAGAAUUUAAUGAGGACUCUGUCAGUUAUCCACUGGUGUCAGUGGGCUCUGACUGGCGACGCUUUCGUGAGGGUUUGUGUGAGUUCCUGUCUCUGCUAGUUCGUAGCUGUCGGAACAGUCUGUUGUAUGAUGAUUAUCUCUUCUCAUCGCUCAUUGCGCUGCUCACGGGUCUGGCCGACUCACAGGUCCGUGCCUUCAGACACACCAGCACUCUCAUCGCCAUGCGGCUGAUGUCAGCGAUAGUGGUAGUAGCUGCAGAAGUGAACGCUCAAGCAUUGAUGACCAAGAGGCGUUGUGACAUGGAGAAGAUCAAACGGGCUGAACAAAGAGCCAUCAGACGAGAGGAGGAACUAGAGAACUCUUUAAAAGAGGUGUCGGAGCAUCAGGAGGACCUGCGCUCUCUCAUGAAUGGGAUCUUUAAGGGUGUUUUUGUUCAUCGGUAUCGCGACAGAGUUCCAGACAUCCGGGCCAUCUGCAUGGAGGAGAUGGGGGUGUGGUUCAGAGAAAACCCCGCCUGCUUCCUCAAUGACGAGCACCUUAAAUACGUGGGCUGGAUGCUGCAUGAUAAGCAAGCUCCGGUACGUCUGAAGUGUGUGUUGACUUUGCAGAAAUUAUAUGCAGAGAAAGAUUUCAUUGGCCGUUUAGAGCUCUUCACAAGCCGCUUCAAGGAACGGAUUGUCUGCAUGAUUCUGGAUAAAGACUCAGAUGUUGCUGUGGAAACUGUGAAGCUGUUACUGCUCAUUCAACAGAACACAGAUGAUGGUCUGAGUGAGGAGGAGUGUGUUGGUGUGUAUCCACUGGUGUUCGCCACACAUCGAGGUCUCGCCUGUGCAGCUGGACACUUCCUGUAUCACAUGCUGUGUAGCGUGUUAGAUGAAGAAUCAGGCAAUCGCAGCAAUUCUUUCCUUGUUUUACUCGCACGCUUUUUCAUUGACAGCAAGUAUCACGAACACGCUGCGUACCUGGUCGACAGUCUGUGGGAUGUUGCUGGGGCGGAGCUAAAAAACUGGGAGGUGAUGACAUCACUAUUGCUGCAGGAAGGUGGUGUUGAGGAAGGGAUGGAGAGUGCUUUGAUUGACAUUAUGGUAUGUGCAAUGAGACAGGCGGCAGAGGCCACUCCCCCAAUGACCCGCUCACAGAAGAAGAAUCUGACUAUGAGGGAAAAGAAGCUUCAGGCUCAAGAGAUGAGACGCAUUACAAACCAUUUUAUUCCUGUGUUGCCUCAAUUACUGGCAAAGUUUUCUGCAGAUGUUGGGAAGGUGAGCUGUCUACUCAGAGCGCCGCUGUAUUUUCAUCUGGAUGCUUACGGCAGCUCAUCACGUCUGGAGAAAUGUUUGGAUUUGUUGUUGUCUCAGGUGUGUGAUAUUGUACUGAAGCACAGUGAGGAGUGUGUGCUAGAGGCAUCUGUGCGUGUGUUGUGUUCUUUGUGUUGUGACUCUUACACCUUCUCUGGUCGUGCUGAGAGAGCCAUCAGUCAACUUUUGGAUUCUACAGUGGAGAAAUGUACUACAAACCUCACUACAAUACUGCAGGAUUCAGCUGAUGAGGAUGAUUACUACAGAGCUGCUUCAUCGCUGAACAUUCUUGCAGUCUUCAGCAGUGCCAGUGAUAUGACCGGAAGAAACCUGUUUGAGUUCUGCUCUCAGCUUAUGAAGUUUGAAAUAGAGUCAGGAGAAUUGGACAAGAAGCUGAUGGUUCCUGCUCUGAAAUGUGCAGUAUUCCAUCUGUUUUGGAAAGGAACAAAGAUCACACAACAGCAUCAAACAGACAAGGCCGAACUGAAGCGUCUGUUAAACUCUCUUCAUUCAUUCUGCAUUGUGUGUCAGAGUUGCCUGUCUGUGGGUCAGAAUGACAUCAGAAAUCAGGCGUUUGUGUGUUUGUGUGACGUGCUGAUGGUGUUUGGAAGCUUGUCUGAAGGCGAGGGUUCACCGCUGCAGUGCUACAGCCCUGAUGAGUCUCUCACCGCUGAAAUGGCCUCUUUUCUCAUAGACUACCUCUUCACAGAUUCUGACGAUGAACUCAUUGACGAGAUGAAUAUUUCUGGGUUGAUGCAGAAGAGGAAUCAGUUGGCUGGAUAUUGUAAACUCAUCAUAUAUGGAGUUCUGGAGCUCAGAGCGGCUACAGACGUUCUCAAGUACUACAAUAAGUAUUACAGGGAGUUUGGUGACAUCAUCAAAGAGACUCUCAGCAAAUCCAAGACAAUCAGCUCAGUGGAAAGUGCCAGAACUGUGUGUUUGUGUCUGCAGCAGCUCUUCUCUGGGUUGGAUCAGGACCGUCGUGAUGAGGAGUUGACAGAGAUCAGAUUUCUAGCAAAGAAACUGGCCAUGAACUUCAGCAUCAACCAGCGUCUCAUCCGCAAACCCCUGCUGGCUUUACACCAGGACGGCAUUCGGUUUGCGUGUAAAGGCCUCGAGCAGGGAAACCCCAUGAACUUGGGUUUUUUGACAAUACUUUGUGAGUUCAGCUUCAAACUCCUGCAGCCGGAACGCAAACAGCUGUUGGAGUAUCUGCGGCGUGUGUGUGCUGAUGUUGUGAAAAGUAAGUUUGUGAGGAUGUAUGAACGAUCUUUGACCUCAGGCUCGCGAGAGACUCCGGUUGCGCCAUCUUCUCCUGGAACACCCGAAAGGAAACGCAGACGCACACAGAGUUUGAUCAGUAGUCCAGAAAAUCCAGCUGUGACAUCACAGGCACGCCGCCAUGACACAGAUGAUGAAUUCACCGAAGGGACAUUUCAGGUGAGGACUGUCACUCAUAGCAGACCACAGUCCAGUCCAUCUGCUCCAAGCAUCCAGUCACAUCUCAGCACACUGUCUCUGAUUGAUGAAGAUCAUUCAGAUGAUGAACCAGUAAUUGAGGAUUAUGAUGAUGAUGAGGACUCUGAGACAGGCAUCAUUCUGCCCUCCACCCGUGACUCUGGCAGCUAUCUGGAGGAUUUGUUUGAAUAAAACCACAAGUGUGCGAGAUUUUUUUUAGCACCUGUUUACAGUUUAGUUCAGUUGUGCCAUCGGUAUCACUGCCUACUUUCCUCUGGCAGAUUUUGAUUGGUCUAAAGCAUAAAAGGUGCACAGACAACAAUUGGAGAAAAACAUCUUUGGUUAUGCUCUUUACAGUCUUAUGUUGACGUUGUUGUUUACAGUUUGUUAUCAG